GCAGGCGGAGGUUCGUACCUGGGCAGUGCUCCCGGCUCCGGAAGCAACAGCAGAAACCCAACCAACUCCGGUACGGCGCCAACGGUCGGCGGCAGGGAGAGCUCCGGAACCAAUUCCGGAUCCAUCUCCGGUGCUUUCGGUGUCGGCGGGGACAGGACAUCGGCAGGGAGAGCCACAAACAGCGGUGUCGGACCCGUGGGUCGCUACCCUCCCCGGGUGUCGCUGGGUUGGCUGUCUGGGCCCACUGACCCGGCGGGGGUGAUGUGCGACCUGUCGGACCGACCCAACACCUGUUCCGCCGCGGACUGGAGCCGCGGGGAGGUGGUGGUGGGGUCCACGGACCAUGCGCUGUACGUGUUGGAUGCGACCCGGGGGCUGCGGAAGCGCACGCUGUACAACAAGACGUGCGGACACACAGAGUGGGUCACCUGCGUCACCUACUGCCCCGACGGCCGCAUCGUGUCGGGCGGCAUGGACAGCAAGCUGUGGGUGUGGCCGGCGGGCGGCACGCGGGGCAUGGUGGCGGAGGCGCACUUCGGACCCAUCUCGCAGGUCAAGUACGACAGCUCCUCGGGUCUGGUGGUAAGUGCCUCGUACGACAAGACCCUGCGGCUGUGGCAGCUGGGCGCCAGGCCGCAUGAGAUGGGCUGUCUGCAGGGUCAUGAGGCCCCGGUGCUGGAGAUGCAGGUGGCUGCGGAUGGGCGCAUCAUCUCAGGCGACCGCAGCGGCCAUGUGCUGCUGUGGGACACCUCCAGUGGCAGUGGCAGCGGGGUGGGUUGGCGCAUGAAGAACGUGCAUGCGGGGCACAUCACCGCACUCGCCUGGUGGGAGGAGGGAGGAGCAGGAGGAGGAGGAGGAGGGCUGGGCGGGUGCUUUGUGAGCGGAGGCCAGGACGGCGCGGUGAGGGUGUGGGACCCGCGCGCAAAGAGCAACGUCGUCAAGGUUCAACUGCACGUCAAUGAGCAGGGUCACGGCGCGGUGGGCGACAUCAUCGCGGGCGGUCCCGCCGCCUCCCACAUGCUCCUCACCGCGGGGGCGGACGGCACCGCACGCACCCUGGACCCGCGCAUGGGCUUCGCGCUCGCGUCAACCGUUCGACUAACGAACUUUCCGUACAGCAUGGUUGCGGCUGGCGGCGUGGCGGCGGUUGGGUGCGGCGACGGCUCGGUGCACUUCAUUGACAUCCAGAGUGGUCGUACGUUGUACGCUCUGGGCGCCAACCGGGCAGCCGUACGUUGCAUGGAGGCGUGCUACGACAAACUGAUCUGCUCGGGGGAUGACGGUAAGGCGCUGCUGUACACCUUCAACUAGCCACAUACGGAGCAGGAGAAGUUAGAGGGAAGAGGGUAGGGUUUGGCUAUUGAGAUAGUGGAGGAGCAGGAGGUGGAGCAGCAAAAGGAGGAGGGCAGGUAUGGAAGACAAUAAAAGGUGGGAGGUGUGGGCGUGCGCGUGAGAUGGAAGCGUUAGCAGCGAGCGUUUAAGGGCGCGGUGCUACCGUACCGUGGUAUCCCUAGCAUGGUGUGGUGUUUUGCAAUGGUUCUGUUGAUGAUAGGGCCCGUGAUGAGAACACACGACAGCGGCCCGGUGGUGGUGGUGGCGGCGGCACCUCAGUGACACAGUUGGAUGGCGGCGUGCGUGCGUGCGGUCGUGGUGGUUUGGUUGUUACCGCUAUUUAGUCUAGUUACACCGAUCAAUAAUAAGAAUAAGAACCCGCUCGGCCUUUUCUAGCCUAAAGCAACAUUACGCACGUUGCCUUCUUUUCUGCAUGUCCUGCAUACAUGCUUAAGAAGGGUGCGGACGUGGGACGCAGGGCCUACCCUCGCAAGGGGUAUGGGGUGUAGCUGUCGAGGGUUGUUGUCCGUACGAUGUCGCGUCCACGGUGUUGUUGGGUAUGUGUGCCCGUUUGCAUGUGGUUUCGGUUGGUCGCAAGGGGCCGUGUGGACUGUCGUACACGCACGACUGUACCUCGUACGUGAACGUCUAUGCGGCUCUUGUUGGGUUUGUUGGAUAGCGGACUUCGGUUUUUCUGCUGUUACGAAGGGAGAGGUUUUUUACGUGCGAACGUUAGGGACGGAACGUCAGGAACUUUUGGGAAAUGAGAUGCUGCAUGAAACCUAUGGAGCUCAACGAAAGCGGUAGGAUAUGCUCGGUACCCGGGAUACCCACCGUCAUAGCUUUGAUCGCAUCCCACAAGAAGGCGUUUUGUGGCGUUAUAUGGGUGAUCCAGUCAGAGCGAUUAACGUGUUGCAAAGCCUUUUCGGGCGUUCAGGGGAGUGAACACGAGCAGUGCCUGUGGCGAGUGGAGUUGGAGGGGGUGCUCUCUUGCCUUUGUGUAUCUUGCGCUGGGUAGAUUGCAAUCCCUUUUGGCUAGGAGGGCUGAAUACGAGGGUUCGUGCAGCUGUGUCUGCGCCCAGUGCUUGCGCUAGGAGGGGAUGCCGUAACGGACUACAACCCUGCCUUGCCCCUCGAGCAGGGGACAACGCUUAUGCCAAAAGCUCCUGAGCCGCAUACCGUAUAUAUACAUUUACACGUUAUCAAGUC